CCUAUCGUCGUUGAAACAGCAAAUGACGGUCGUUUCUGAGAAAUUCUAUCUGAUGGACAGAUCGAGUUCGUCUUGUCUCUCCCUAUAUACACUGCUGAAACGCCCCUUCGAGUCAUGUCGUCCAAUCUUCCCGUAAAACCCUGUACUCCCCGACCUAAUUACAAUUCAAGCCACUGCAUCUGAUCUCGACUCUCUCGUUGAUUCGGGCAUGGACCCCCUCUCGGCCCUUCGCGACUACACUAUCCGCGGCGAACUGGACAGUAUCGUCCGGCUCAACGACGAGUUCCGGUUCGGCUCGGACUAUUCCUUCCCAUGCUCCGCCGAGACCGCCUACCGGUCCAAACAAGGCAGCCUUUACACCCUAGAGACCCUUCUGUAUUUCGUCAGGAACCACCACGUGAAGCACAUCGAGUACCUCCAGAAGGCUCGCACGCAGGGGAUCCCAGCCGUUACCUUACCGGACCGCAAACCUCUGCUUGAGUACCUCCAAGGCAAGGUCUCGUCUUCCGAUGCCAUCGAGUUCCUCGUCCCCCCGAACACCAUCAACCUCAACCUCAACAACAGCAGAUUCCCCGAUUUGCCCCUCGCUUCCUCCUUUAUCCCCUCCGAGUCCACCGCGCCGAAUCCUAACGCUGUCGACGACUUCAGCGAGCCUACGGCUCAAAAUGCGGAUCUCUCUUCGACGAAGAUGAUCCAAGCGAUCGAGCGGCCGCUGAAGGACCGGGAAUCGCUUCUGGAAUGCAAGCAGAGGGACUUCUACAGCGUGUUAGUGGCGUCAACAAAGCGCGAGGAGGAGCGGCAACGAAUAGAGUCGCAGCAGAGGAAAGACGGGCUCGUCGCCAAGAGUCGGCUCAUGGGUUCGGAGGAGACCCGGUACGGGGACGAAUCGGGUUAUGACGCGACGCCGAAGCCCAAGAUGCACUUGAAGGGGAGCAAGAUCGGUGAAGGGGUGCCGAUAAUUCUGGUGCCCAGUGCGUUUCAGACGCUGAUAACGAUUUACAACGUGAAGGAGUUCUUGGAGGAUGGCGUGUUCAUACCUACGGACGUGAAGGUAAAGCAGAUGAAGGGGACCAAGCCCGACUGUGUGACCGUGCAGAAGAAGUUUAGUAGGGAUAGAGUGGUCACGGCCUACGAGGUCAGGGACAAGCCUUCGGCGCUCAAGGCCGAUGAUUGGGAUCGGGUCGUAGCCGUCUUCGUGUUGGGGAAGGAGUGGCAGUUCAAGGACUGGCCGUUCAAGGACCAUGUCGAGAUAUUCAAUAAGAUUCUAGGAUUUUAUAUGCGCUUCGAAGAUGAUAGUUUGGAGUCGGCAAAGACUGUGAAGCAGUGGAAUGUAAAGAUCAUCUCGAUUAGCAAGAAUAAGCGACACCAGGACCGAACUGCAGCGCUUGAGGUGUGGGACAGACUAGAAGAAUUUGUGCGGUCACGCUCCCAUUCUUGAUGUGCAUGGAAUUUCUUGAAAAGCUGUAUGGAUAUUUCUGACAUUUGUGAGCUCUUUGACCCUCAUACUCAAUGCUGCUUUAGAGUAUACUUAUGUAAUUUGAAUCGAUUAAUUCUGCCACAUUCUUGAAAUGCUUUUGUUAGGUCCGUGGCAUGCUCAUUCAAGCUCAUUUGCCAAGUAAUUGAGACAAGCUGAAUCUUAGUUCUAGUUUGAGUUUUCUUGAUCAGCUAGCUAUAGAUUGCCCAGAACUUUAUUUGGUAAGCUUGUCAAUGAUGUCGAAUUCAUACAUGUUGAAAGAUCAAGGCCUAGGGAUGACGUGCUCAAGCUUAUUAGAAACAACUUGUGUGCGGGUUGGUUGUAGCUUAUUUCUGUAUAUAGUUGGCAAAGUACAAUCUUGUUUAGGAUUUUGCUCUAAAGAUAAGCUUAUGUGAAUCUUUGGGACAUGUUUAAUAUUA